UGACCAAACGGCUGGUUUUACACACCGAAGGACACCGACAUGAACUCCUAUGAAGUUCUGUGUGGGCUAACAUGAACAGCAGGCUCCUCUGUACAGUAACGGGAACAGAUUGUCAUUAAAACAGAAGUUUAAAAUCUCAGUUAAUUAAAAUGGUGUCCAAAUCAACAGCAGCAGCAGCAGCGGGGUGUUUAACAUGGAGGCUGUUCGGUCCGUUUACCCUCCACGCUCCUCUGCGCCCUCACAGCUUAAUAUCAGCAGUGAACAGACGGCAGUGCAGCUCCGAACAGGCAACCCAGCAGGACGAACCACCAAAGAGAUCCACAUUCAGGCCAGUAGCCACCUCCACGCACGACUGGAUCGGCCCACCGAACCCUCUUUCCAACCUGCGGCCAAUCGUUUACCACGUCCCCGCGAACGAAACAGAGCUGGAGAAACGGCUGCGACACCUGAGGCAGGAGACCGAGGACUGGAACCACGACUUCUGGGCCAAGCAGAACAUCACCUUCAGCAAGGAAAAAGAUACUUUCAUCAUUUCAGAACUGAACGCUAAAGGCUUGAGUCUGCGUGAUGAGCAAGGACGACGGCGGUCCCUGAACAGUGAAGAAAUGGCCGUGUUUUACAAAAGCUUCCUGGACAGAAACAGAAUACGACAUGCAAAUUAUAACAAUGAAUGGUACCGACGUAACUUCACCAUCACCUUGCUCAUGGCCCGAGUCUCCCUAAAGAACAUGUGGAGGACUGUUACUAAUCGACACAGCGGCAAGAAAAACAGCACUCCUACCACCUGAUGAUGAGAAAUAAAAUAUUCACCCGCCCUCCCAAGUGUUUGGAUUUGUUUUUAGUGCAUCGUUGUGUUUGGAUCUAACCCCACUCUAUGUACUGACAUAUAUUCACCGCUCACUUGGAGACAGACAAAAAGAUGAGCUGUUGAUUUGAUUUAUUUCUUAUAAUUGCACUGAAAAACAGUCGGAAAUCUUCCCAUCAGCAGGGUGUUCACUAGAAACUCUUUACUAUAAAACCCACAAUGGCUCAGACAGAGAUUUCCUAAUUGUUCUUAGACGAAUUAUUUCAACUUGUCUACUUGAUGGACAGGAUUACAAAUUAAUUUGAGAUUUACUGGUACGAUACAACUAUAACAACUCCAAAUCUUUGCAAGGGUGUAUUUUCAACUUUGCUCAAGAUAAUGUCUUAUGGCUCUAUUGAGUUCCUGUCUGUGGAGGCAGAAUGAAUGUGGAGAAAUUUACAUUUCUGUCUGUUUUGUGUCAGAUUUCUCUGUGUUCGUGCUGCUCAGUCACUUAUACAAUGCACCAGAGAAAAGACACCGAGAAACUUUCACCAUUGAUUGGUAAAAUGUCUGUCGGUUAAUUCAUAUCACACAAACCACAAAACUUCAAAAAGUUUCUCUUCUGAAAAAUGUGGGGUCAUUGACAUACGAUAAAUAAAUGUACAGGAAUGCCAGAUUUUGUAAAACUACAGAAAUUAAUACUGAAAUGUUGGAUAAUAACCACAGUGGUGGAAAAUAAUUAAGUACAUUUACUUAAGUACUGUAUUUAGCCACAACUUUGCUGUACUUUACUUAAGUAUUUUCAUUUUCUUUACUUAUCUGACAGCUGUAAGUAACUAUUAUCUAAUUUGUACAUACAAAUAUUAUGUUUUGCUAUAAAUUACCCAACAGUUUAUACAUCUUAGUACAUCUAAAACGAAUAAUUGAUUGACAAAAUUAAUGGGUAACUGUUUUGACAAUAAUAAAACAUUUAAUGGUUUUGGCUUCA